AUGCCCACAGAGAUUCUUCGCGCUAUCCUCAGUUACAUUCACGCGAAGCCAGACCUCUGGGGUCUCUCUCUGACAAGCCGCCGCCUUCGCAACGUCACCACGGAAUUCCUUUAUGCGAACUAUCACUACAACCACACGUACAAGCCAUUGGACGAGGAUACGUCGUAUAACGACCCUUGCCUACUUCUGCGCACUCUGUCAAAGAAGCCAGGUCUCGCUAGACUUCUCAAGUCUGUCAGCCUCGGCUACACACGCGCCAACGACUUCCUAUUCUGGUGUGAUGGGGCGUUGGAAAGCUUAGGGAUCAAGGACUUGGGAGUCAAAAUCCGGGAGAUGAGUGAAGUGAAGGCUCUGCUACCAGAUGCAGCGACGCAAGGCUUUGAAGACAUUUUCGUCGCGCUGCUCCUACUCACGCCCAAUGUUGAGAACUUAAGUCUCCAGCUACCAAGAUACGAGGGCUCAUCUAGAGGCCAGAAGAUACUCGAGCUACUUGCAUCGGCGGUGCUGGCUGCAAAGACUCCACGCUUCCAUAAAUUUCAGCGGCUCAAGUCCCUUUCACUCCAAUUUGGAAGCAAGGCCAAGGUUGGACAAGCACCCGACAUCUCUGCGAUCCUACGCAUCCCGACUUUGACCAACCUCAAUCUGAUAUACGUCAACAUUGAGGAUAACCUGACAACCUGGACAGACACAGAAGGGAGCUCCGCAGUGAAGCAACUCUCAAUUGUCAAACCGUACUUCGGACCUGCUCGCUGGCAUUCCUUCCUUAGAAACUUUAAGCAGCUCGAAGGCCUGCAUGUUUGGUUCAGCGGAGAGACGGUGACCUCUGCCCAGAACGCCCUUUAUCAGUUCGACCGCUUCAUUCGUACCUUGCAGAUCCACCAGGACACGCUUACGUGGCUUCACCUUCAGGGCCCUACGAGAAUCUCCAUCCCAGACCACCAUAUCCAGCCUUCGCUCCGCGCCUUCCACAAAUUGAAGCGCCUCACGCUGGAUUCGCACAUGCUUUGGCUCAACGACUGGAUGUGCCAGGGAAGAGCAGCGCCGCUUGUUUGGACCACGUUGGAACCAUUCAUUCCCUCGACGCUGCAGGAACUGCAGAUAUAUUACCAUCCACACACUGAUAGUCUCAAGUAUCCGAUGGCCGAGCAGUUUCCGACAGUGGGGCAGUGGCGGUCGCUUAUCCAGACGAAGCAGUUUCCUAACUUGAGAAGGGUUCUGGUCUUUUACGCGCGCUUUCUUGGGAAGGAUUAUAGGUGGGAGAUUGGGGCUGGUGUGUCCUGGAGCCGGGAUGGCCCGUUGACUUCAACGCUCGAUGAAUAG